AUUCUGCCCCAGGACUCAGUUCUGGCCUCUCCUGAGCCCUGGAUCUCGCCAUGGGCUUAUUGAUGCUGCUGCUCCCACUACUCUGGAGGGAAACCAUUUCUCAAAAUCCAGAAUAUGGGAUUCAUGUCCAGGAGACAGUGACUGUGCAGGAGGGACUGUGUGUUUCCAUCCCCUGCUCCUUCUAUUAUCCCCAACAAUAUAAAAACAAAAACACAGUUCAUGGAUACUGGUACUAUAACAGCUUUUGGAAAAGCAGCCUUGCAGCCACCAAUGACCCUCAAGAAAGUGUUCAUUCCUGGGCCCCGAGGCCGAUUCCACCUCACUGGAGAUCCCCAGAUGGACAACUGUUCCCUGCGUAUUACUACAGCCCAGAAGAAUAUCUGACCCAGAAGCCAGAGGUGCACAUUCCAGGGAUCCUGAAAUCAGGGCACCAGUCUGGACUGGAACUGCCCCUGUCAUCUAAUAGAUUUGCUUCCCAAGAUCUCCACUCCUCCCAACUCCUCUUCACCCCCCAGCCUCAGGACCAUGGUACUAGCCUCACCUGUCAGGUGACCUUCAAAAAUCCCAGCGUCACCACAAAGACCACAGUCCAGCUCAGAGUUUCCUACCCUCCUUGGAAUAUGGAGAUUAUUUCCUGGGCAAAUGGGACAGGCCCAGUGUUCCUAGGAAACACCUCAUCCUUGGUGGUCUUGGAAGGUGAAUCCCUAACUCUGGACUGUUACACGCAUAGCGAGCCCCAAGCCACAUUGAGCUGGGCCCAUGGAAACCAAAUCCUGCAUUCUACCCAGGCCUUAAAUCCUGAGGUCCUGCGCCUGGAGCUGUCCAAACUAGGGAUCGAGGGCAGUGGAGAAUACACCUGCCAAGCCUGCAACUCACUGGGGCAUCACAACCACUCAGUGAGACUCUGUGUGCAGACUGUAACGCAGAAGCCAGAGAUGCACAUUCCAGAGAUCCUGGAGUCUGGGCGCCAGGUUACCUUGACCUGUUUGGUCCCUGGGGCCUGUAGAGAGGGGAAACAUUUUACCUACUUCUGGACUGGGACUGCCCUUUCUUCUCAGGGUUCUGCCCUACUGAAUACCUCCAGACUCCUCUUCACCCCCCAGUCCCAGCAUCACGGCACUAACAUUACCUGCAAGGUGACGUUCCCAAAGGCCAGAGUGAGCACACAGAGAACUGUCCAGCUAAGGGUCACCUACCCUCCUCAGAAUGUGACCAUCAGUGUUUCCUGGCCCAACAAAACAGGCCCAGAGUUAUUAGGAAACACAUCAUCCCUGCAGGUCCUAGAGGGUGAGUCCCUGACUCUGGUCUGUGCCACAGAAAGCAAUCCCCCAGCCACUCUUACAUGGACCUACAGGAACACAGUCCUGCAAUCUUCAAAGGCCUCAGAUCCUGGGGUCCUGCACCUAGAACUGUCCAAACUGGGGCCCAAGGACAGAGGUGAAUACACCUGCCACGCUCAGCACCGCUCAGGACCUCAACAGCACUCCAUAAGACUCUGUGUACAGAGCUGCUCUUGCUGUCCUAUCUUUGAGGAGAAUGGUUCUUGGCCUCUGAUCUUCACCCUGCUUCGAGGAGCCCUCAUGGGAGUCAGCUUUCUUCUCACCUAUGGCCUCACCUGGCUCUAUUACACCUGUCAAGUCAACCAACCCCUGGACACUCUGGAUAAGAGUGAGAUGGACCUUCACUUAGUCCCUGUGUUCUGUGGAAUCUAGGAUUUGUCAAAGACACAGGACUGCUGGAUAAAAUCGCGACAGCUGGCAUCUCAUUGAUGUUAAAAUCUUGCUCUCUUACCUAACCAGGGACCACAUUAGUGCUCAGAAAUCCUUCUAGUCCCCUUCUAUUGACUCCCAAGUUUACCCCCGAAAGGCACCAUCCCAAACUUUCUCCUCUAUUCUCAAGCCCCUGACCCCACUUUAUCAUCUGGCCCUCAGAAGAUGCUCUGGUCUCCUACUUCCCUGAGAAGACCUACUCACCCUUCUCUCUACAUCUCACCUGAACAACCUCCCUUUCCUCCUCUCCUGUUGCUCUCUAGUCUCUAAAGAGUGAGUCAUCCUCCUGGUCCCUCAUCUUAAUCUUGAAACCAUAGCCUCCUAGUUCCCCAUGUCAUCCCUAGAAAUUUGGAAGGUAACCAUUACCAAGUCCUUCCUGAUCAGAAAUCCACUGGACAACUUCCCUUAAAGUGGCCAUGCAUUUUUGCUAGGAGCCCUCAUAUGAUGGGGUGUGCUGGACCCCCUGAAGCAACUCAUUGCACUUUAAUAUAGCUUAGGAAGCUCUCAUUGCACCAAUAUGGCUUACAUCUCUCCCCUCUCCCCUGUUUCUUCUGGUCUCUGAGCCAAUCAGAACAUAUCUCAUUCAAAACACUAGGAGAAAACCAUAAUGUUUCUCCCACUUCCCCAAGUCUUUUCCUCUCCAGACUAAACAUGCCCAUUUACUUCAAAUCAUCCUCAAAUGGCUUCUUCUCUAGCCCUACUUCUCCCAUCAUCCUGCUACCUUUUACAUGGAAAAAAUAGCAUUAUUGACUCCAUUUUGCCUUUAUCCACCAUUUUGUGAAGCUGUAAGUCACCUGAUUUUGAAGAAGUCACAAGAUUACUCCCCUUCCCAAAGGUUACCUGACUUAAAGAAUGUCACAAAACUAGCCCUCUCCCUCUCACUCCAGUGACUCCCAGCCCUCUCCACCAAUAAGAAACCAGAUGUCUCAGUCCCUAUAAUCCUGUUCAUCACUCCCUCCAAAUUGGAUAUUAACUGUGUAGAAACCAGUGGUCAAUAUCCUUGGUUACUGAGAGCCUUGGUCCCGGUUUGGUUCUGCAGCCACAUACAUUGCUAAAUAAAUCAUUGUCUGGAUGUAAGGAUUCAGUUUCUUUAUUCCACCAUAACAUGCCCCUCCCCUUUUUCUCUUCUAUUUGUCAAUAUCCUUUCUAAAAUGCAAGCCCCUAAACUGAACACAGUACUCCAGAUAAGUCUUGUCCAGGGUAGAGGAGAGUGGAACUAUCCCCUCUUUGUUACCUGAGCCCUGGGCUUUAUUAUAACAGGGAGGAUGGAGCUGGGCAUACUCACUGGCCCCUUGCUGAGGUUAGGGCCCUUGUACUUUCAGAUAAUGAAGCAAUCACUUCUUGGGACUGUAUCCCCCAACUGGGGACCAUGUCCUAGAGGACUGGUUACUGAGCCAGAAAGAGCCAUUCACUGCAGGCUAAAAGGAUUGAGGAGAAAUUGCUUCUUUAGGUUCUGCCUGGUUUGAAACACCUGGAUUUCCAUAAAAGUUGUUGAUUGAUUGAUUUAAGGUGGAGGUGAGAUAUCUCUCAUCUCCCUCAACUCCCUUCCAAACAGUGAGAACAUGUACUUACCUAAGGCAGCCUGAGAGUGGAUCUCAAGUUCUUUGCCGCCUUUUCUGCUUUGUGUUUCUUUCUCUAAGCAUAGGUUGACCAAUCAGUGAUCCUGAGAGGUGGACUUUUCCGGCCUUCACAGCUCCUCUGGGAGGUCACAGGUCCCAGAAGGGGCUCAAGUGCUUUCUACAAUUAACUACAUCAUUUCUCAGAGAAGUUGCCCCACUGCCAGAGUAACCCCGAGGCAGAGGAGGAAGAAAAGGAGGGCACCACCACUUAAGGUGACUAAGAAAUCUUGAGCCAUGCCACACCUGGCUAGGAGAGCUGCAUUUGUGAAUUGUGCAGACCGAACACUGCAGAGGUGAAAGCUCAGUACCUGUUCAGCAGUCAUGCAAAGUGCCUUUACUUUUCAGAGAGGCUGUAAUGAUGGCAGAAGAUUAUUACUUAAGAAUUUCUUCGGGUUGACUUCAGAAAAACCUGGAAAGACAUAUGGUCUGAUGCUGAGUGAAGUGAGCAGAACCAAGAGGACUUUGUA